CAGGAGCAGUGUUUUCCCACAGGAUCAUGCGCGUCCCUGGAUACCGGUGACGCGCUCCGGGUGGCCCUGCGGGACAAAGUGACACUUUUCUGCGGGCGCCGUCACGCCCGCGUAACGACGACCAUGGUGGUGGAGCUCACGAGACGGAAUGGAGUCGCUGCAAAGAGGACUGAGCCAUGAAUGACAGGUACCACAAGGCGGCCCGGGACGGCUACCUGGACCUGCUGAAGGAGGCGACCAGGAAGGACCUGAACGCGCCGGACGAGGAUGGCAUGACGCCGACGUUAUGGGCGGCUUAUCACGGCAACCUGGAGGCUCUGCGGCUCAUCGUGGCCAGAGGAGGAAACCCAGACAAGUGUGACAUAUGGGGAAACACACCACUCCACUUGGGAGCUGCUAAUGGUCAUCUCAACUGCCUUUUCUUCCUGGUGUCUUUUGGAGCUAACAUCUGGUGCCUGGACAAUGACUACCACACCCCGCUGGACAUGGCUGCCACAAAGAAUCACAUGGAUUGCGUCCGGUACCUGGAUUCCAUCGCUGUCAAGCAGACAGGUCUCAAUCCCAAACUGGUCAGCAAGCUGAAGGACCGGGCGUUUCGCGAUGCUGAGCGCCGAAUCAAGGAGUGUGUGAAGAUGCAGAAGAAGCACCACCAACGCAUGGAGCGCAAGUUUCAUAAAGAAGCCUCUGAGGCGUCUGCGUCAGAUGUCAUGAGCUUUUCAAGUUAUUCAAGCAGCUCUCUUAGCAACAAGCUACACAACUUCAGCACAGCCAACGUCAGUGUGCCAUAUUCUCAGGCAACUCUUCAUGCCACAACCCGGGGAAAGACGAAGAUCCAGAAGAAGCUUGAGAAGCGGAAACAAGGAGAAAGCAGUUUUAAAAUCUAUGAAGAUGGAAGGAAGAGUGUGCGCUCCCUUUCUGGACUUCAGCUUGGUAAUGACGUCAUGUUUGUCAAACAAGGUACCUACAUCAACUCAAAGGACCGUGGCCGCCGCAAUGUCCGCGACAUGUUUCCUAGAAACAACGUUGAUGCCAUUUCACGUGCCAUGAGUGAACCGGACCUCCAUGGAUUAGAUGUGGACUAUUCUGAGAUCAGCACGGAUUCUGGACAUGAUUCACUGUUCAACCGCCCCGGUCUUGGCACCAUGGUCUUCAGGAGGAACUAUGUGAGUGGGGGAAUGUUUAACAUCGGUGGACAAGAUACAGCUAGCGUGGCCCGCUCGGGAAAUAACGUGCGUUUACGCAGUCGGCUGCAGCAACAGGCAGGUCUGGAUGAAGACAGCAUUGGCAGUGCACACAGCCUGCAGGAGAGAAACAUGGAAGAGCUGCCUUGGGACGAAAUUGAAUUGGGGCUGGAUGAUGAUGAUGAGCCUGACACGAGCCCUCUUGAGGUCUUCCUCGCCACACAAAGCAUGAGCGAGUUUUACUCCAUCUUUAAGAGGGAGAAGAUUGACUUAGCAGCACUGCAACUGUGCUCUGACCAUGACCUCAAGAGUAUCCAUAUUCCCCUAGGGCCAAGGAAAAAGAUCUUGGACGCCUGUAAAAGGCGACUGGAGACCAUAGAGGACCCUGACUCCAUCGAGGACUCAGAAUUAUAAAGCUUAUGGACGGUCAUCCUGCUGUUUCCUCAUCCAGCCAAACAGGGCCGUGGAGUCUUGUGGAGUGGAUGUCACAUGUGGGAAGAGAGGACUUAAUGUUUUAGACCUCCUUGUAACUCAGCUGCAGCAAAACAGCAGAGAUGCUGUCACGAUCAAUUUGUCAAACAAGAAAGAACAAAGGUGAGAUAAAUGGUUAACAUGAUGUUUUUUAUGGAUGACCAAAACUGACAUAAUUAAAAAUUAAAGCAGAAAUAUAUAUAUUUUGUCUUUCUUUUUCCUUUUACGUGCAUUUUCGCAAAGAAAUGUAUAUAUUUAGUUUUUCCUUUUUCUUAUACGUGCAUUUUCGUCAGGAAAUGUAUAUAUUGAAGCAGGAUCCUUCCCGUUUAUUGACCAAUAGUAGAGGAGCUGGACC